AUAAAAGCGUGCUUGUAGAAUGUGUAGUGGACCAUCAGUGUCAGACCUAAGACACUGCUUACGAGAGUAAGAAAGUAGUAGCACUGACACUAAUACGCCCGUUCCAUACGAGUGUACUAGUGUACUAAGUGACUCAGUAUUGUUGACCUCUGCCUAUAACGUCCACGUCCGCCAACUCAUUCCCGUCCCACUCUGGGCAAGUAUGGCCGCAGCGACUGUGCAUCCUAUUCAGCGUCCCCUGAAGGGCUCUCGUAUCUCCUCGUUCUACCCUGUGAAGGAUAUUCCACCACUCUCAGCGCUCGACAGCGCGUUCCAAUUGCAAGAGUACAUCUCACUGCUCAUACGAAAGGACGUGCAUGACGUCGACGCCAUCGUGUCAAUUCCGGGGAAGGGGAAGCAACGGGAGGGAAGCGACGGCGAAGGUGCUAAGGGUGACGAUGCGGAAAGCGCAGAGAGUAAGGAAGUGACGGUGGACGAGGCGUGCUGGAUCUACGAACAGCUGCGACGACUUGCGCAGGACCUAUCCCAUCCGCUCAUUACGAUGCUGCAGCAGGAAUGCACGCGACAGACGUGUCCUGAGAUGAAGGCCGGAGAGUGGUUGUACCUCUGCGUUGCCCACGGCACCGAGGGCGCAAUGGAGCAAUGCUGCGCCAUCGACUACAUCCUGCACACGCUCGACAGCGCGACCUCACUUCUCAACUCGCCGCGUAACUUCCCGUCCCGACUCUCCAUCCCUGCACCCUCGCACCGGCACUUCUCAUCCCUUGCCCGGCGUCUCGGACGUAUCUUCGCACACGCGUACUUCCACCACCGCGCCGCGUUUGCGCAGGCCGAGGCAGAGAGCGCUCUCUACGCCCGCUUCCUCGCUCUCACCUCGCGCUUCGAGCUUGUUCCAGCUGAGUUCCUCGUCAUUCCUCCCGGCAUUGUCGGUUACGACGAACACGACGGUCCGGAUGAAUACCCGCGCAGCAUGCUUGGUGCUGCGCUCGACCCGCGCCGUGAGCGCGAGCGCGGUCGCGAGGACGAGCCGCGCGGCAUACUGAAUACCGACGCACUCGGGGAAUCACUGCCUGCCGGAGAGGAGAGGCGUGAGCCUAGCCCGCGAAAGAUGGGAAGAAGCAGGACCGACACGAUGGUGCACAGCGAGAUGGCGAGCGUGGUGGAGGAACUCGGGCGCGCCAACGCUGCGGACGGAGAGGCAGACAGUAGAGAACGCGUACCUACCAUCCGUCCGGGCGACGUCCAGAAGAAGGCCGAGGAGCAGACAGCUACUGAGGAACCCCUACAGACUCGGACAACGGAGGGGCCUGAGCAUGAGCCCGUAACUGAAGCGGAGCCUGUCAGAGAAGCGGAGAAUGCCGUUUCUGAAGAAACCCAAGCUCAGUCAAGCGAUGUAACAGAGCCUGAAGAGGUACGUCGAAGACUUGCGCAUGGAUUAGGUGUUCACGAAACCUACAUUUCAGGUUGA